AUGUGCGGUGGAGGGAGGCAGUACCGGGAAUGUGCUGAUAACACUUUGAAAUAUUCAAAACGGUCUGGAAGUUUGCGGUCCCGAAUCUGGUCGAGGUUACAGAACCGGAGACCUCCAAGGUCAGACGGUAGCCGCCGAUCUCAGUCCACAAUUAAAAACAAGGAAAUCAUGAAAUUUGAAGACAAAUUGUGGGAACUAAAAAAGAUUACCUUGGGAUACACCCAGGCCGACGUGGGGCUCACCCUGGGCUUUCUCUUUGGAAAGGUGUUCAGCCAGACCACCAUCUGCCACUUUGAGGCCCUGCAGCUCAGCUUCAAGAACAUGUGUAAGCUACGGCCCAUGCUGGAGAAGUGGGUGGAGGAAGCCGACAGCAAUGAGAACCUUCAGGAGCUUUGCAAAACGGAGACCCUGCUGCAGGCCCGCAAGAGGAAGCGGACGAGCAUUGAGAACCGUGUGAGGGGAAACCUGGAGAGCAUUCAUGUUCACUACUGGUUUAGGUGA